CAAUAUCUCUGCUUUUUGUUUUACACAUUGGGUAUGUUAAUCAAAUGACUUGCAGUUACAAACAUUUAACAAUUCGGAAUUUUUAAUUUUUACAUUUGUGUGUGGGUACAGUCAUAAUAUUAUCGUAGAUGUCAGCUAGCUACUGUAAUAGACCCACUUACUUAUCUGUGAAAACGAAAGCAAAACUAACUUGUAUUUCUUUACAUUUGCAGAAGGUAGAGAAUUUCGUUUUUGUGUUUUUUGAACGUGUUAUUACUGUUUUACAACAUAACUUACUAGUACCGUGUUAUCAUAUAUUAUCAUAUGAAUCUUUCAUUCAACUGUUCUAUGUUGAAUCUACAGAGCGAUUGCAAAGCAGACCAUUCUUUUCUUGGAGGUUUAGAACACAAAAUACUACGAAAAGAGAGUACUAAAUUUGAAUUGUUAUCUCUAUAUAGAUCUGUAUUAUCAUUUUCGUAUGUACCUGUAUGCAUAGUUAUUUUUUUCCUGGUAUUCAGAUUUCUGUCUCCUUAACUGGACUUUUGUUGCCCUUGAACGUUAUUUUCAGAAUAGGAAUGAUACGUUUUCGAACUGAAGUUUUUCGGAUAGGAAUAACAUGUUAAAUGCAUACUCAUACGAUUAAAUAAUAAGAGAAAUGUAAUUAUCAUCUAACAAAGAUAAAUUAAUAAGACUAAUUAUUACAAAAACUAGGUGAACUUAGUCCGGAUACAGAGCAAAUUGAUUUAAAAUCUGAAAACGAGGAAGAUCUAGAAGUGGGAUCAGAAACUCUAUGGAACAAGAAAAUUCAAAUGCUCCUAGUAACAGGGAUGUGCACGGUGUUGAUGAUCCAACUACAACACACCACAACCAAACCAGAAAGGGCAGUAAAGGUCAUAAACCUCAAAGGGCAAUGCUUAAAGGUAAAAGAAAGGCCACUUUUUGUAGUAUCCCACAGGAUGUCAUCCUACACAAGGCAGAGUCACCGUGGAAACCUAAAAGAAAGCAGGAUCAGACAGAAAUUGAUGAAGUUACCAAAAACACAGCGGAGAUCUUCAAAAGAGUGCGCAAUAUUCUCAACAAACUUGCACCACAGAAAUUCCAAACUCUGGUGAAGCAGCUUUCUGAAAUGGAAAUUAAUGAAGAAAGACUAAAAGGAGUUACUGAUCUGAUAUUUGAAAGAGCUAUCGAUAUUAGUGAGCCUUGCUACUGUGUUGCAUACGCCAGUAUGUGCCGUUAUUUAGCUAUGAUCAAUGUUAAUUUCACUUCUAAGCAAGGAGAGUAUGUAAAUUUUCGUGCAAUAUUAUUGAUGAAAUGUCAGAAAGAGUUCGAAAAAGACAAAGAUUUAGAAAAAGAGAUGAAGAAAAGGAAAGAAGUCAUUGAAGAAACACAGGACCAAGAGAAACGUGAAGAAUUAUGUAAGGAAUUGGAAAUCUCAGAAAUCAAAGAAAAAAAUCGUGCGUUGGGAAAUAUCAGAUUUAUUGGUGAACUGUUCAACCUAAAGAUGUUAUCUGAAAACAUCAUGUAUGGUUGCGUGUUCAAAUUUCUGAAGGCUAAGGAUGAAGAAAGAUUAGAGUGUGUUUGCUGGCUUCUUUCAAUCAUUGGAAAAGAAUUGGACACAGACAAAGCCAGGCUUAGAAUGGAACAGUACUUCAAUCAGAUAGAUAAGAUUGUACAAGAGAAGAAGACAUCUUCAAGAGUGAGAUUCAUAUUGCAAGAUGUCAUCGAUCUCAGAAAGUGUAAAUGGAUUCCAAGGAGAGCUGAAAACAUUCCAAAGACUAUUGAUCAGAUCCACAAAGAAGUCCAGGAAGAAGAGCAAAAAAGGCAAAUAUUCUCGCAACAAUUAAAGGCACUGCACAAACCUAAACAAAAAAGUGGAGCUAGAGUGAAGAUUGAAAAGAGUAGCGAGCCAGCUCAACCCACUGCCAAAGAGCUUACUGAUGAAGAGAUGGAAAAGAAAACCAAAACUAUUUUGGAUGAAUAUUUACAUUUACAAGAUAUCAAGGAGGCCAUUUUCUGUGUUGAGGAGCUGAAAUCCCCAUCUGUGAUGCACACCUUUGUUAGUUCAGCAGUGAACUAUGUCUUGGAGAGAUCCGACAUAACAAGGAACCAGACUGGCCUUUUAUUGAAUGAUCUAGUCAAAAAGAAUGUUUUAUCUGUCCCAGUGUAUAUUCAAGCUCUUACUGAAGUAAUUCAGUAUGCUGAAGACAUGGAAAUUGGGAUUCCAAAAAUCUGGCAGUAUUUUGGUGAGCUGAUUGGUCCAAUGGUUCAAAAUGGAAGUGUUCCUCUAAACUUCCUUCGCAAGGUUGCCGAACCUCUGAAAGAAAACAACAAAGCUGGACUUUUAGUUGCUGAGGUUUUACAUGCUGCUAGCCAUAGAGAGGGCCAGAAAAAUGUUGAAUCCCUGUGGAGACAAUCUGGUCUACAAUGGGAAUACUUUAUGUCUGCUGGUGAUGUGAAGAAAUUGACAAAAUACAUUAUUGACAAAAAAGUUGAGUUUACUGCUGGAGAUGACAGUCAACCAAGCAUCCCCAUAGUUUCCAUAUCCAUGGAAACUAUUCGGGACAAACUGCAUCAACUCCUCUUCAAGGAAAAAGCUGAAAAUGAAGAGAUAUUUGACUGGAUUGAGGAGAGUGUUGAUGAUCCAACGAAGAAUAGCAACACGUUUAUCCGUGCUUUGAUGACAUCUGUCUGUGAAAGUGCAAUAACAGGCUUUGGAAGCAGUGCACGUGUGUUACCUGAUGUUAUCAAGAACAGAGGAGAUUUGCUUCAUAAAUACUUGGACCACCGAGCAGAAUCGGAAUUGCAAGCACUUUAUGCAAUACAAUCCCUGGUGCACAAGUUGGGACAUCCACAAGGAGUAUUGCGCACACUGUUUGAUACACUGUAUGAUGAAGACAUUAUUUCUGAGGAUGGAUUUAAUCAGUGGGAGAAAAGCAAAGACCCUAAUGAACAAGAAGGAAAAGGUGUAGCAAUGAAACAAGUUGUACAGUUCUUCACCUGGCUUCGUGAAGCUGAGGAUGAUAUCAAAGACAGCUGAGGAUAAUUUAAUCAUAGAUCUUGAAGAAAUGGAGAAGAGUGGAAUUCAUUUAAAUACGAUUAUAUAUUUUAAUUAAUCAUGUGAUAAUUAAGUGAAAACGAAUGUUUCUUGUAGAUUUCAUUUUCUUGGAACGAUUUUCUUGAUUUCAUUGAUAUUAGUGGACAUCAAUUUUCUUUUAUUUAGCGAAAUUUGAGCGUAUAUUUCUGAUCAAUGGUUUUGUCAAUAGAAUAAGUAAUCAGGCAUUUCACUUCAAUAAAAACCUUUUUGUGUAUCGACUUAACAAAGAAAUUUACUUAAAAAAUCAUAUGCAACGAAUAUGAAAAAAGUACAACGUAUUUCAUUAGCCUAUAUUUCAUACAUGGUGAUCUUACCAUUUUUUAAAAUUCGUAUAUGCUCAUAAUCAUGUUAUCACAGGUUGUUUUCAAAUAAAUGAGUAUUAAUUUUCAAACCUUUUAUGAUUAUUAAAAAUAAACAAUGGUUAACCAAAACCCACAUGCAUGAAAGCUGGGCAAACUGUAUCUUUUUAUUGCAGUAAAAAACAGCUCAUUAUUUAUCUAAUUUGUUGGUUGUUUUCUAAAAAAAAAAGUGUAUGAAUGAAUGAAUGCAUGAUUGAUAAUGUCUAUAUAUACCGAUUUAUGAUAAAUCUAUGGAGCUAUCAAAUUUUUCUGGACUCUCUCAUAGGCAGAUUAAACCAACCAUUUGGUAAUUAACAAACAAUAAAAGAACGAAUGUUGUGUAUGUUUGUUAAAUAUUGCAGUUUUUCGUGC